AUGUAUGUUAGAAUUCCGCAGGCGCUUCUAUAUCUAACAAUCUGCCUCAUAUUGGUGGGUAAUUUCUCUACAUCCGGGGCCUUUGUGUGUCCGAGCGUGUGCCGAUGUCAUUACAACGUCACUGUAUCAUGCGAUGUAGGUCUACAAACGAUUCCGAGAGAUAUUUCGGAACUCACCAAAUCACUGCAUCUGGCUGGGAAUGUUACGUUACACAACAGUUUCCAUCGCGUCCGUCACACUGAUUUACCUAACUUGUCCGAUCUCCGUCACUUUACGUUCAGUUUUAAUGACAUAGAGUCUAUCGAAGACUACACAUUUAGCCAAUUUAAAGAACUCCGGCAACUGAAAUUGAACAACAACAACAUCAAAAAGGUUGGACCAGAAACAUUCAGCGGGCUUUCAAAACUGGAAGUUCUAGAUCUGUCUGGAAAUUUGGGUAUAAAAAUCCAAGACGGAACAUUCCGUGUGCUUCCUUCGCUCAAAGAAUUGUAUAUGGGAGAGAUAAACCUACAGGAAUUAGAUGUUGCUGUUUUUGACGGUUUAAAUGAUUUGGAAGUUUUGGACAUACAUGGUAAUUUGAUAAAAAAAUUUGAUAUACACCGUAUGAAUUUAUUUCCUACGUUGAAUGUAUUGGACAUUUCCUCAAACUCAUUGAUGAUGGUUGAUGACAGUGUAUGGGAUACCAUGUCUAAACUACAAACAAUAUAUAUUGGUGGGAACCCAUGGCAAUGCAAUUGUCUGAUGAAAAGAAUAAAGCGUUCUCCAAGGCUCAGAAAUAUCACAGAGGCCGUGAUUUGUGCUGGACCAAGUCAACUUCAAUACUUGCCACUUUCGCGUGUCUCUGAAUCCGAUUUACAAUGUCAACCCCCGAAGAUUUUAACGUGUGCCACGAUUCCGACACGUAUAACGACGGGGGACGUCUUACAAAUUUCCUGCAAUCUAUCUGGAGAUCCAUUCCCGUCCAUAGAAUGGACAACACCAAGUGGUGACCGGCUGUAUCCGUACAAUUCUACCCUAGGAUCGUUUUCUGUGAGUGACAAUGGAUCCUUAACUGUAUUUUCUAGCUCGAUGAUAGACAGUGGGAAAUGGACAAUGAAAUUAUCGAACCAUGCAGGGAUGGUUGAGAGAGAAUUCACAGUUGAUAUUCAAGCCAUAACACCAACUACGAGCCCGCGAGUUAUAAUUACACCAUUUCCAACCAAACACACCAUAACGGCGCAAACAACCAAGAUGCAACGACCACCUGAAAACCAUACGCCAAGUAAAAAUAUAUAUGGUGUAGCUUCAUCAACACCCAAAUCGUCUUCUUUGAUCACAACGCCAUUACAGAUUCCUCUAAUAACACAGAUGAACGCCAAGUUAUCACAGCAAACAAUGGCCGACUUCAAUCGCCAAGGUAACGAAGAGUCGACAAGCAUGGGUUAUGUAGGUAUUAUAGUGGCCUCUGUAGUGGGCGGCUGUAGUUUAAUCAUCAUCACGACAUUGCUUAUACUUCUGUAUAAGUGUAUCUCGGCCAAGAACAGAGUCGGAACUUCCUUUCCGGAAAAUACAAGGCCUACCAAUACUACCAAUGAGUUAGUUUGA